GUCCAGCCCUUGUGCGAGAUAAACUGCACCUAAGCAGCCUGCACUGAAAACCUGCAAAAUCAAAUAAAUUUUUUACAAGUAAUUUAAUCCGAGCCCUGAAUAUUUGCGCUUACAAAUCGAGCUUUGUCUUUCUAUUUUUCUUGUAGAAUUUUCGACAAUAUUUUAACGAUGUUUAAUAAAUUGAGUUGAUGUUUCCAGAAACGGGUUUUUCGUGUGGUUUAUUAAUUUAGAGAAAAAGUUAUAAGAUGACAGAAAUAACGUCCAACUCUUCCCAAGGCUCUGACGAUGGGGACAACUCAAGGCAAUGGCAAGAGAGCGCAAUCGAAAUUCGCGAUGGGUGUAAGUCGUACGGCCGCGGUAAGAAUAAAACGCAAGUUCUCAAUCACAUCGAUUUGACCGUCCCAGUUGGAGCCAUCUACGGCUUGCUUGGACCAAGCGGGUGCGGCAAGACGACGCUACUGAGCACGUUGGUGAACAGCCUGUCUCUGGACCACGGAUCUGUGCUCAUCUGCGGCUACAAACCCGGCACUGUUGAGGCCGCUGUUCCCGGACACAGAGUCGGCUUCAUGCCUCAGGAGCUUGCUUUGAUGCCAGCUUUAACAAUCAAUGAAACCCUUCAAUACUUUGGACGAAUUCAUAGUUUGGGGAAAGAAAAAACUAAAGAACGAUCAGAAUUUCUACUCAAGUUCUUGGACCUCCCAAAUGGUGUCAGAUUGAUAUCCCAACUCAGCGGAGGACAACAGAGGCGCGUGAGCUUCGCAGUGGCGCUGCUGCACGAGCCAGAGCUGCUUAUCCUAGACGAGCCGACCGUCGGCGUCGACCCUCUGCUUAGGACCAACAUUUGGGAACAUCUUAACAAAGUUUCGCGCACCACAAAUGCCACCAUCAUCAUCACUACGCACUACAUCGAAGAGGCUCGUCAGGCUACUAGAGUUGGCCUGAUGCGCCGUGGCCACCUGCUGGCCGAGGCGUCGCCGCAGAACCUCAUGCAGCACUUCGCUAACCCUUCCUUAGAGGACGUCUUCCUCGAGCUGUGUCUCAGGGAUGGCGACUUGGACCCGUCCGCUAAGCAAAAUUCCGGCUUUGAAAAGGAAACUGACAUUGAAAUGCAGCCGUCCGACGCUGUGAUGACCCGACGUCAGAGCCAAGCGAGCACGGCGCUCGUUGUGAGGCUCAACAGCAGCGGCCAUCACUCUAUGCUGCAGGAGCCAACGAUCCUAAAUCAUAUCAAGAAGCCAUGGACCGCCACCUCCAAAAGAGAAAAGUUCUUGUCCGGCGCUAGAAUAUCCGCCCUCAUCGUAAAGAACAUCAUCAAUCUCACCAGGAAUGUCAUGUUCCUCCUUCUGGCCUUUGCCUUGCCAGCGAUUCAAACCGUCCUAUUUUGCGUCACGAUCGGAGGUACUCCCAAGAACCUACACGUCGCAGUCACCAAUCUCGACAAUGGCAUUAAUUUCGACAAUGUCAUUCCAAAGCUCAAUUACAGCAUAAAUAUAGCAGACGCCUACUUGAAUGAGUUGAAUGAUGAGAUCAUCAUUCAGGACGCUUUUGAUACUUUUGACGCUGGAUUCGGAGCUGUGGAAGACGGCGACGCGUGGGGCCUGCUUUACUUUCCCGAAAAUUUCACGGUAGCUCAGAUUUUCCCCGACGCCUAUAAUGUUUCUGAGAGACAAAUUCACGUCUACAUGGACAACACCAAUCAACAAAUUUCGUACACGAUCCUGCUUCAGUUUUUUGCCGCCCUUCAGCGACUUGUGGUUGACUUUGCGUCAAAUAAUUUCACGGAUGUGAGCAUCGUCAGUCCUUUGAAGAUUGAGGAUCCAGUCUACGGGAGCACCAACCCAACUUUCACCGAGUUCAUGGCUCCUGGAGUAAUCUUGACGUUAUCUUAUUUCAUGGCCAUGUCUUUGACUUCUGUUGCCUUCGUUAUUGAGAAAAAAGAAGGUCUUUAUAACCGAGCACUUGUCGCAGGCGUCAACAACCUGGAGAUAAUGUUAGCUCACCUGGUGACGCAACUCGCAGUACUCAUCAUCCAGGUCGCCAUUAUCUUGGUGUUCAUGUUCGCUGUGUUUAACAUCCCGUGUGAAGGAAGUAUGUCCCUAGUGAUCCUGCUGUCUCUGCUGCAGGGUCUCUGUGGCAUGACGUUCGGUUACUUCAUUUCGGUGUCGGUAGAGGACGAAAUGACAGCAUUCCAAGCAGCAAUGGGCGUAUUCUAUCCCAUUCUGCUACUCUCUGGAAUAGUUUGGCCAGUUCAAGGCAUGCCGAUCGGACUACAGUACAUUUCGUACGCCUUGCCUCAAACGUACGCAUGCGACAGCAUCAGAGCGAUCCUCUACAGAGGCUGGAACCUUACUUACUUUGAUGUGUACUUCGGGUUUAUCGUCACCAUCAUCUGGAUGGCUAUUCACGUCAGUGGAGCUGCGCUAGUUUUGACGAUAAAGCAUUAGAUAAAUGCUUUUCAAUUUUUUAGAGUAUUUUCUUCUUGAAACCAUAUUUUAUAUUUGUAUAAUAAAUGCGAUGUUUAUAUUUGGAUAUAUGCAUUACAUGCCUAGAAUUAUGGUUAUAAAUGCUCUGAAGAGCACAAUUUUUCCUUGAUCAACAAAAUUUGGAAAUAUUUUUCAAAUUUAAAACCCAAAGCCCCAUUCUCUGCAUGCUAUUUUUUUAAGUGAUUCAAUUUCGCAUCUCAUCGCAUCUCAUCACACUCAAUAUAAGCUUGUUAUUGAGUAAGAUAUUGAAUAUGAAAAAUCCCCAAUUUAAUAUAUGUUUGUUCAAUUACCCCUCACAUGGGAUUUAUUUACAUACAUAAUUUUAAGCUACCAUGUUGAAUUUAUUAUGUUGAAUGGUAUACUCUAUGA